GACCCACGGAGUUGCUCGACUCCGCCGUUUGCUCUGUCCAUGUUUAUGAUGGGAAGGGAUUUCUAGGUAGACUGGGAGAGAGAGAGAGAGAGAGAGAGAGAGAGAGAAUGGGAACGGAGACCAUGGAGCAGCCACUGCUGCAACAGGCGGACGAGGAGAAGGGGCCCGGGAGGAGCGACGGAGGGGAGGCGGAGAGGGUUUCGGAGACGAAGGUGGAGGAUUACCCUCCGGUGAGGGAGGCUCGGGAGGCGUGGGAGGUGUUGGUGGCGGAGUCCAAGAAGCUGUGGUCGAUCGGGGCGCCCAUCACGUUCAACGUAUUAUGCCUCUACGGCUUCAGCUCCAUCACCCAGAUGUUCGUCGGCCACAUCGGAAACCUCGAGCUGUCCGCCGUCGCCAUCGCCCUCAACGUCGUCUACCUCUUCAACUUCGGCUUCCUCCUCGGCAUGGGGAGUGCACUGGAGACGCUCUGCGGGCAAGCCUUCGGUGCAGGCCGCGUCGAGAUGCUCGGCGUGUACAUGCAGCGCUCCUGGAUAAUUCUCGUGGCUUCUUCGAUCGUCUUGUGUCUGCUCUACAUCUUUGCUACGCCAGCACUGAAGCUGAUCGGCCAGGAGGACGACAUCGCCGACCUCGCCGGCAAAUUCACCAUCAGCAUCAUCCCUCAGUUGUUCUCCAUUGCCUUCAUCUUCCCCGCCCAGAAGUUUCUCCAGGCUCAGAGCAAGGUACUCGUCAUGGCUUGGAUCGGCCUCCUGGCCCUCCUACUUCACGUCGGAAUGCUGGUGCUCUUCAUCUUCGUCUUCGACUGGGGCUUGGGCGGUGCUGCUGCCGCAUUCAACAUCUCGGGGUGGGUGGUCUCCCUGGCUCAGAUCGCGUACAUCGUAGGGUGGUGCAAGGACGGGUGGACCGGCCUUUCGUGGUCCGCUUUCAGGGAUUUAUGGGCGUUCGUCCGGUUGUCGUUUGCCUCCGCGGUGAUGCUUUGCCUCGAGAUCUGGUACAUGAUGAUCCUCACCGUGCUCAGCGGCCACCUCACCAACGCCGAGGUUGCCGUCGGCUCCAUUUCUAUCUGCAUGAACAUCAAUGGUUGGGAGGGCAUGGUAUUUAUCGGACUCAAUGCGGCGAUAAGUGUUCGGGUGUCCAACGAGCUGGGAGCAGGUCGCCCCCGGGCCACCAAGUAUGCUGUCAUCGUGAUCCUCCUCGAGUCCCUCGCCAUCGGCCUCAUCUGCAUGGUCGUCGUACUCGCAACACGGAAUUACUUCAGCAUCAUUUUCACGAGCGAUAAAGAGAUGCAACGGGCCGUCGCCAACAUCGCCUACCUUCUGGGCAUCACCAUGGUGCUCAAUAGCAUCCAACCAAUUAUCUCAGGAAUCGCUGUGGGAGGUGGCUGGCAGGGGCUGGUGGCUUACAUUAACUUGGGUUGCUACUACGGUUUUGGCCUUCCUCUGGGUUUCGUUUUGGGUUUUCUCCUCCACUUGGGGGUGAAGGGAAUCUGGGUCGGCAUGCUCGGUGGAACUCUUCUGCAGACUCUGGUACUGUUCUUCGUGAUCUGGAAGACAGAUUGGAGUGCAGAGGCAUCCCAAGCGGCAGCACGAGUGCAGUUGUGGGGAGGACAAGAAGCUGAAAAAGCUCAAACCUGAUCUCCAUUUACUUCUUGCUUUUGUAACCUUUAGAUGUCACUCACAAAUAAAUCUAUUUUUCUAUUGGAUUUAUCUGCAAAUAA